AUGAGUUCGUUCAGUACGAGGGCUCUGACGCUGCUCUCGUCGGUUUUCGGGGCCUGUGGUUUGCUGUUGGUCGGCGUCGCUGUGUCGACAGACUACUGGCUGCUGAUGGAGGAGGGAAUUAUCCUGCAGCAGAACCAGACCCAGGAGGUCAAGAUGGCGCUGCACUCUGGCCUCUGGAGGGUCUGCUUCGUGGCCGGACCAGAGAAGGGCAGAUGUGUGGCGUCGGAAUAUUUCACCGAGCCAGAGAUAGAGAUCACGACAGAAAAUACAGCCAACAUACUCAAAAUGGUCCGAACUGCCACUCCCUUCCCCAUGGUCUCCCUGCUCUUCGUCUUCACCGCCUUCGUCAUCAGCAACAUUGGACACAUCCGGCCGCAGCGCACCAUCCUCGCCUUUGUUUCCGGAAUAUUCUUCAUACUGUCAGGUCUCAGCCUGGUGGUUGGUCUGGUUUUGUAUAUCUCCAGCAUUAAUGACGAGGUGAUGAACCGACCUAGAGAGCCAGAGGCGUUCUUCCACUACCGCUACGGCUGGUCCUUCGCCUUCGCUGCCUCCUCCUUCCUGCUGAAAGAGGGCGCGGGAGUGAUGUCCGUCUACCUGUUCAUGAAGCGUUACGCUGAGGAGGAGCUGUACCGGCCCCAUCCCGCCCUCUACCGCCCCCGCAUGUCCGAAUGCAGCGACUACAGCGGCCAGUUCCUCCACCCGGACUCCUGGCCUCCGCCGAAGCGGGGCCGCAGCGCCUCCGACGUCUCCUCCGACAUCUCCAUCCAGCUCAACCAGACGCCGCCUUCGCAGGCACAGCCCAAGGGGGGCAGCAGCUCCCAGCAGACGCCCUCCUCCUCUGGGCCUUCAUCGGCGGCCAGCUACCAGCUCCCAUCCCAUGCCCACGGCCACCCUCAGCCCCACAGCCACCCUCAGCCACACCCCCACCCGAGCGGGCCCCCGCCCCAGUCCCUGCCCAUGGGGGUGCCACCCUCAGCCGUGCCUCCUCCCCGCUAUCACGCGCACAUGCGAAUGAGCGCCUCGCCAUGCUAG